GACGUCCUGCGCGGGAGCGGAAAACGUGCAUCCGACUGUGGGGAAACGAGCGUUGUGUUUUCCAGGUAAGAAUUUGUGCUGCCGCAACACUUGAAAUAUUUAUGAUAGUCGAGUAGCUUACAGACGUCGUCACAAACUACAGCAUUGUAAUACGUUCAGUAUGACUCGAGAUUGGAAACCGGGUGAUCUGAUCUUUGCAAAGAUGAAGGGCUAUCCACACUGGCCUGCAAGAAUUGAUGAAGUCCCUGAUGGUGCUGUGAAGCCAGCCAACAUCAAGUUCCCCAUCUUCUUCUUUGGCACCCAUGAAACAGCAUUUCUUGGCCCAAAAGAUGUCUUUCCCUACCAUCAACACAAAGAGAAGUACGCCAAGCCCAACAAGAGGAAAGGCUUCAAUGAAGGAUUGUGGGAGAUAGAGAACAACCCUAAAGUUGAACUCACUGCACCAAAGCCGGUGGCUCCUGGGACCUUCAAUGGAAAGGUUUCGGACAGCAGCCCAGAGGGAGAAGAGGAGGCAGGUGACAAGGUGACAAAAACCAAAGUUCCAGGAAGUGAGACUGAGCAGGAGAAUGAGAAUGAGGAGGAGGAGGAGGAGGAGGAGGAGGAUGAUGAUGAUGAGGAGGAGGAGGAGGAAGGGUCUCUGAUCUCUGAGCAGGGUCCUCAGAACCAGGAUGGCUCAACACAGAAAGAAUCCACAGAUGUUCCCAAACCGAAAAGAGGAAGGAAAAAAAAGGGUGAUGCUGAGCAGGAGACUGAACAACAGGACGUACCUGCUAGUCCUGCUAGUCUCUCAGGUGCAGAGGGUUCCAAACGAAGAGGCAGGAAGCCCAAAAGUGAGAAGUCCCUUCUGCUCCAGCAGCAGCAGGACCAGCAGGGCUCAGGAAGUGAAAUGGAGACUGCUGAGUCAGAUAAAAAGAGAAAGAGGCCACAAGAGGACAAGACCAAGAGUGGAGAGGAGGAGAAAAGAAAGAAGGAGGACAGCAAAGGAAAGGAGGCAGAGGGUAAGGAGCCAGAAACCAAGAAGAAGAAGAAGGACGACAGCUCCUCAGGCUCUGAUGAUGAAGAGAAAAACAAAGGCCGGAAGAAAAACCAAAACUCAGAAAUGGACAAAGAUGCGCGGCGACGGAAAGCAGAUGAAUUGAGAGAGCCAAACAAAGACGAUGGGAAGAAAAAUGAAGAGAGGACAGGAGCCAAGAAAAAGGAAAUGUCGACCGAAUUGAAGCUCCAGAGACUGCAUAGUGAAAUCAAGAUUUCACUGAAAAUUGACAACCCUGAUGUGAAGAAAGCGUUGGAGGCAUUGGAUGAGAUCAGUGCUCUUCAAGUGACGACACAACACCUUCAGAAACACAGUGAACUUAUUGCCACACUCAAAAAGAUUCGCAGAUUCAAGGCCAGCCAGGACGUCAUGGACAAGGCCACCAUGUUGUAUAACAAGUUUAAGAGCAUGUUUCUGGUUGGAGAAGGCGACUGUGUGCUCAGCCAGGUGCUCAACAAGUCUAUAGCCGAGCAACGGCAGCACGAGGAGGCCAAGAAGGGGGCGCUGAAGAGAGUGGAGCAAGCCAAGGAAAACGUCUCGGACAAGAUGACAAAUGGUGAUAUCAGCCCAGAAGAGAAGGAAACGGAGAGAGAGAAACUUCUUGAAGACACUUCAGUUGGAGAGAAUCACAGUGGCCCAAAAGCUCAGGAGGAGUCCACUUGAGUGUCCUACAUGCCUGAAGAAAAAGACAUUUGCUGCUGUUCCCGUACAACGUUUGUCCCACACACAGGGAUCUCCUGUCCAGUUCCUUUGGAUGACUGAAGAUGAUCACUGGUUCCCAGUUUACUCACUGUUAGUAGGUGAUGCUGCUUAAAAGUCUCAGUACAUUUAGUCCCCGAGAUAGACUGACAUCAUGUUUUAUUUUUUUACUUUGUGUAAUCUUUACCUUUCAGACACAUUCAUUAGUCUUGAGUGAUAACUUUGUAAAGAGUAACAACUUAUAGCUCUGCAGCACCUUGUAAUUACAGUAGAUAUUAAAAGAGCAUGCUCACAGUCAAUAUAAGUAAUUGUUGUUCCUAUUUCUCAUUUGGAGUAGAUUGUACUCUUUCAUUUCACGAACAUUUAAAGAGUUUUUGACGUUUGCAGGGUUUGUGUACUUAAAUUCACUUUGAGUGUCACAAAUGGAAAAAUUCCAGUUUGCCAAAGUUUAGUUUUCUCAAACAUCUUCACGUGUCUAUUUUUAAGUUUUGUUUUUAACGUAGAUGUAAAUAAGAGUAUUUUUGUGUCUGUCUGAUAACCUGUUUCAGCAUCCAAUAAUAAAGUAGUACGUAGUA